ACGAAUGACAUGCUAAUCGUUUAUUAAACUUAGUCUUAGAAGAAACAAAGCUCAGUAAAUCAGUUUUCUGGCUAGUAGAAGCAUCCUUUAUUUUCAGGUUUGUAAUGACAAAAACAAUAUUUUAAUAUGUUGACACAUUCAGAGAUUAAGUAAUGGCUUUUAAUGCAAGUUGUUACUCUCUGGCAAUUUAAGCUUUGCUAUGUGAAUGUUGAACUUUGGGUUAUCCAGAUAUACACUCUGUUUUUGGAACUUACUAGCAUGUAAAGGAGUAGUUCAGAGAGCGUUAGAGAAGGAAAAAGAUGCAGACAGAUCAACACGGGCAAUCAGUUGAAUGCAAGUUCUUGGCAACUGAAGCUUCAAAAUACUGUAUUGGAGGGAUUUUUAGGCAAUUCCUCAAACAUCCUAGUUUGGAAAUCAUACUAGAGUGUCAAUUUUCUGUUGGUCAGCUAGACGUGAAAAAAUAUUGCUUGCAUUUACUUUUUGUUUUGGUAGGGGCAGGUUUACUUGUUGCAGCUCAAGAUGCUACAGAAGAUGAGGAAGCUGUGGAAGAUACUGUAGUUGAAGAUGAAGAUGAUGAAGCAGAAGUUGAAGAAGAUGAGCCUACAGACUUGACAGAAGAAAAAGAGGAAGAAGACUCGUCAGGCGAACCUAAAGCCUCACCUAGUGCUGAUACAACCAUUUUAUUUGUGAAAGGUGAAGACUUUCCAGCAAACAACAUCGUAAAAUUUCUGGUAGGCUUCACCAAUAAGGGUACAGAGGAUUUUAUUGUUGAAUCUCUUGAUGCUUCCUUUCGUUACCCUCAAGACUACCAGUUCUAUAUCCAGAACUUCACAGCUCUUCCUCUGAAUACAGUAGUUCCACCACAGAGACAAGCCACGUUUGAGUACUCUUUCAUCCCAGCUGAGCCUAUGGGCGGUCGUCCUUUUGGACUAGUUAUCAAUCUGAACUACAGAGACGUAAAUGGCAAUGUGUUCCAAGAUGCUGUCUUCAAUCAAACAGUUACAAUUAUUGAAAAAGAAGAUGGGCUGGAUGGAGAAACGAUCUUCAUGUACAUGUUCCUUGCUGGACUUGGUCUGCUUGUCAUUGUUGGCCUACAUCAGUUAUUAGAAUCUAGGAAGAGGAAGAGACCAGUACAGAAAGUAGAGAUGGGAACAUCAAAUCAGAAUGAUGUUGAUAUGAGCUGGAUUCCUCAAGAAACUCUAAAUCAAAUCAUGCAGAGUAGAAGAGAUAAAGCUUCACCAAGGCGGUUGCCCCGCAAGAGGGCACAGAAAAGAUCAGUGGGAUCUGAUGAGUAAAUGUUAAAUUGUGCAACAAUUCAACCUUUACUAAUCCUGCCUGUUUGGAUUUGCUUGGAUUGGAGUAGUGCAGAGAGUCCAUACCACCAUAAGGAACAUACUGCUAAACAUUUGGACUGAACAGAUUAACUGAAUGAUGUUAAUAUUACUGAAAAUGCACUUCUCUUUUUGUUAAUAACUGUUGGGGGGAGGGGGGAGGUAGGCAUUAAGACUUGUGCCUGCGUGUGUAAGCAGUUGGUCUUAACAAUCUUAACUACCUGAAAUGUGCCUUUAGAGUUCUUUGUAAUGCUGGCUUCUCAUCUGUACACUUGUCUUUGAAAAAUUUUCCCCUCCCGUUCACCCCAAUCUGAAUGGGUAGUGACUUAAUCUGUCUUGACUGUAUACUGUCUGUAUCAGAGUCUGUAUGCAUUUUUCUUUUCAGAAUUUUCUCUACAGCACACAUACUGAAGUUUGUGUGUGUGGUCCUAUUUCAGUGGUAAAGCACUGAUUAUCUAGAUUUCUGCAUAAUUAGCAUUCUAAAGGCACAAUUAGGUAUAGCUGCUUGUAGCAGUAGACUGCUGCUGUUUUAAUCUGGGCAUGCAGCGAGCUAAAAAUCUGAAUUUAUCUGUGUAAAUGUUAGGAGGACUCUUAUACAGCAGCAGAACUUGUGAAGCAUGGAAUUUGUGUGCUGAAUUGGUAUUACUACAUAAAUCUUUUUUUUUUACCCAACUUGUUAAAUGAUUAGUUAUUGAGUCAUGCCAGCAGCUUAGAUAUUCUGACUAUAGUGGUAGCUCUGGAAUGUUUGCUGAAAAAAUUACUGAAUAUGCUACAACUAACUCUUCAAUGAGUUCUCGGUUCUCUCAAAAACUAGAAUGUCAUCCGUAUCAAAACACACGGACUUUUCUUACAAAGCUUUACAGGGGGAAGGACUUUGGAUUUACUGUACACACUUGAAACUGAAUUUGAAAAGCUGUUGGCUUCAAGUAAUCAAAAACUGUAAAGGGUGAAUUAAGUAGUUUUUCUGUCACUUACUCUUUUUUAUCUCAGGCUUUUGCACUUAUCAGUGCAUCAAUCCAAGCUGAGAUUUUAACCACCCCGUCUUUCCCUUAGUAACACAGAUACAUUUCCAUUAUUAAAUAUGUGUUAGUUCAGCACUCAGCAGAAAAGCUAUACAUAAUCAAAGUGGGAUUGUCUUUUUGUGGCAGGCACCACUUACGUGAUUACCAGGAGCUGAGGCACUGACCUGGCUCCCUUGCAUUCAGGAAUGUAACCUUGAUGGUGAAAGGAGCAAAUAUUAAAAUAUUAAAGAGUGUUUGCUGCCAUUCAGGCACUUGAACAAGGAUUGAAAUGUUUACAUCUCAUCUGCAUAUUGUUCUGUGUCUAAAGGUCUGGACCCUAUCUUAAGGCUCGUUCAGUUUAGGAAAUGCAUUAUCUGAGACUACCAGUUUUCUUCUUUUCUUCCCCUUCCUGAUUUCCCACAUUUGAAAGUGCUCUUUUUGAUCUAUACUUGUUCUACAGGGACUGAGCAUCUGAGCCAAUGAGAGUUGAGCAAUAUCUGUAAAUCAAUCAUGUCACCGUAUUGUGUUUGAAGCAGUGUUCUAAGGUCUGAAGCUAUCUGUACUGCCACUGUUGUACUAUAUACUUCCCUAAAAUGAAAUGCAAAGAUGUGCUUUACUCAUCUUGUGAUGGAAAAUAGUACAAGAAUGGGAAGAAUAACCUCAAUGAUGCUUUGCUUAAUGUGCUGAUAACACAGCUAGCCCAGGCAGAAUAAUGUAAUAAAGAGUUAAGAUCGUAUGGUAAUACAUACAACUUAGCAAACUGUUGAAUGCCACCUUCAGAACAGAUGACUAAUGCAAAUUGCAUGGAACAACUUUGCCUUAAGUGAUGUAAUCUGACUGACUGGCUCUGUGGUAGGUUUGUGUUGUUCAAGCUUGCAUUGAUUCACCGAAAUGUUUAUAUAUUAAAUGUUUUGUUAUACUAAAGGCUACAGCUAUUGCAGUGGCUGAUGUACUGAA